AUGAGUACGUACAAGGUUCAGGCCUACGAGAAUGAGCCGCUGGAAAUCACUUUGCAGUCUUUGCCCAAGUCGAUGAUGGACUUGGGCCACUUGGAGCCGGAGCGCGGGUUCUUGAACGAGACGGGGCAAGUGGUGUUCCGUCCCCGGGGCGCGCAUGACUCAAAGACAUUGUAUUUGACGGACUACGCUCACGAGGAGGAGCGCAACGUCACUAUUUUGGUGGACACGGUUCCGUCGCACAAUGCGCAGCUCUAUGACAUGCGACCGAGCACGGGUUAUCUGGAGCCGGCGUUCUCGAAAUCUCAUUACUCCUACUUUUUGCGUGUGCCGGAAGGCACGACUUCGUCCAAGUUCCGGCUUACGGCGGUGGACGAUGUGAACACGCGUUGUUCUUACAACCGACGCGACGAUGCACGCGGCACGGUCGUGGGAAAGGGUGUGACAAGCGACGUCAGUCUGGGUUCAGUGAACGACCCAUCAGUGGUGGUGAUCGAAUGUGUGCACCCGAACAAGCCGGACUCGCCAGUGCGCUAUAUGUUGCAGACGGUGCAGCAGCGCGGAGGUUCGACUCAGUUGCGUUCGCUGGACGUGAACGGUGCCGACCUGCAGCAGACUUUUGACCCACUCUCGCGCGGUGUCUACACAGCCGAUCUGAGCACGAGCAAGCCGCCGGCAGGUGUGAAGACAACAGACCCACGCUGGGUGUCGUUCAAGGCGGUCCCAGAGAACAAGAAGGCGAAGGUGAGCGUGGAGGGCUUCCCGGUGGACGAAAACUGGAAUUCGCCGUACUUCCGAAUUCCGAUCGGCGAGACGCGGCUGUUUCAUGUGGGCAUCCAGACGCCGAAAAACCCCGUGACGGAGACGUACACAGUCGCGGUGUCGCGUCCGAGCGAUUUGGGUUGGGGGCCGAAGCUGCUGCAACUGGUUACGGGUGCGACGACCAUGAUGUCUUCGACGCGUGCGUAUCACUUCUUGCACAAUUUCCACGUGCUGCAGUGGAUUAGCGCGGUCUCGCCAGUGCCUGGCGUCGCUGAGACCUGGCAGCCGACGAGCAGCGUGACGGACAAGUUCAACUGGCUCUUUGGCGCGCCCAAACUCGUUUCCUUCGCUACGCCAGAAGGUGGCGCAUACGACACCAAUCGCGAAGCCUAUUUAGUCGACGGCAUGCCCGUGGUCAGCCAGGAGACGCCCUACGGCCACCUGGUCAACCGUUGGGCACUGGACGCACUUCCCGCUGCCUUCGCCUUCAACCGUGGCCAGUGGUCACAAACCGUUGCCGACGGACUCGCGCUCCAAAUGGACUUGGAACGGCAGAGUUCCGAUGAUUCUGAGCGACACCGCCGCCGCUCGCUCACGGGGUUGAGUGACGUUGACGCUAUCGACAACGAAUCCUUCUUCGACUGCAGGAACGGUGAUGACUGCGGUACUCCCAUCCAUACUCUGGCUGGACAGUAUGCGGCGAUGCGGAGGCGACUGGCAGCCUUGGACCCGUUACAGAGGAACGAGUUGAUGAGGAAGCUGGAGAAUUCCUACAACGACUCGCGCGCUGUACUAGUGAAUGGACGGCGGCUCGGGACGAUCUUUGUGUCCUUGGCGGUGAUCGGGGUGUUGUACGGAUCGGUGUACGUAGGCUUCAAGCGUAGUCACAGGUUGCAGGAUCUGGCGCAGAUUUAUCCGCGGUGGUUGCAGCCGGUGCGGUUCUGGAUCUUUGUGUUGGAUUUAUGUGGCAUCGCAGUGACUCAGAGCGCGUUUACUUUGAUGUUCUCGCCGUUGCAGAGCACGCCAAUCCAAGUGUUGGGAAUGCAGACGACGCCACGAGCUCUGGGCAUGGCGGGUAUGGCGCUGUUUGCGUUCGUUGUGCUAGGUUUCGUGGCGGUGGUAGCGGUGGAGUUGGGUCAGGUGCGGAAGACGUUGGUGUUUGCGAACGUGUUUAGUCGUUGGCAUGACUUUGCGAUUCCGACGAUAAAGGCAUUCCACUCGCCGUUGAGUUGGGUCCCACUAGUGGGCCGGUUGACGAGUGUGGAGAUCCGAGAUGUCGCGCCGAUUGCGACGUUCCGUACGGACGUGGGUAAGGAGAAGAACCAGGAGGGGAUUGUGAACAUUCAAUUGAAUGAGGAGCCACGCCAAAACGCGGCCUGGCUAGAGGGAAACGCUCGUGAGGCCUUUAGCAAGUUCGGUUACGGCGGUAUGGGGUCGGGUUAUGGUUCCGAUGAGAGGCAGAUGUUGGUGGGAGACAAGCCGGCGAUAAAGUAUUAUAAUCGGACAGAUGAUACGGGAGUGUUCUUGGACAUGAUUGCAUUUCAGGAUGACCAGUACCCGAACAGGAACGCAAAGGCGAUGCACGAGUUCCCGGAAGCAUACGUUUCAAGUUGCAAGCGUGUUGUUUAUAACCACUAUGGGAACCCGGUGGAAUGUCACGCGCAGGUGCAGCUGAAACACCUGCCAGCAAUUGCUGAUAAGUUUGAGGUCUCGCUACUAUCACAGACGGUGGCGCCUAGGGAACAUUUGGAUAUGCCUAGCAAUGAUACGUUCAGUAAUGUGAUUGCAAAGGCCCAGCGCGGGAAUUUGUUUUGGUGGGUCUUCGAGCGAGUGGGAGUGCUAAGUGCGGUUGCUUUCGCUGCAGCUGUUAACGACCCCAGUGGACGGAAGCAGUUGUGGGCUUUUGGGAUUGCGGCGAGUUUACUGUUGCUGGUUGCGAUUCCUUCAGUCUUUGGUACUUCGCUAUCCGACUACUGGUAUCAGAUGCAGUGUGACAUGGCUGCUGCUCGAAAGGCUUGUCGGUACGAGGCUGAAACGCAGAACAAGUUCCGUAUUUGGCCGUACCGUUCGAAGGCUGCGAGGCAGCAUUACCUGCAGAUAAGCGAGCAGAUCGAACGGGACGCUCAAAAAUACGUCGGUUACCGUGUGUGGAACACGGCUAUCAGUGUCUACUAUGACGUCAGCGAGAACCCCAUAUGGCGCAGUCGGGCGGUGGCGUUUGUGCGUAACUUCGCUACCCACCAAGCCAUGACGGAGACAAUGAAGAUUUGUGUGUGUUUCGCACUCAUGCUCGGUUCCGCAUCUUUGGGUAUUUUCCAGGACAAGACCUCGACUAGUUGGGCUGUGCUGUUCUGUUGCAUAGCGUUGCUCAUGGUGAAUUGGGAGAGCAUUCGGAUGUUCUUGGGAGAAUGCGGUGUCUUCGCGAAGGAGCUUUACUACCGCUCCCGCUCGACCUGGUUGUUCGUCAAAGAUCUUCUAAGUCAACCGGGGGAGUUGAGCAACCGUCUGAGCUUCUACGUGAACAAGUGUUUCGAAGCGCUACAUGCCAACUCAUCUGGUGUCAGCUUUAUAUUUGACGGGUUUCAGUCAGAGUGUGUGCAUGACAUGGCCGUUAAGGAUAUUGUGCUGGUUAACAAUCAGAUUGGGACAGUGAUGCCGGGUGUGGUGGAGAAGACGCAGUCGAAUGGGCGUGCGAUUGAGGAUGAGAACAACCCAUUAACAACGGCUUGUUACGGGUUGCAGAAAACGUUGCAUAUGGCAAACGGCGUAGGUGUGUAUCGGCCUGAGAUGUAUAGGGCGUUGCCGUUUGAGAUGCCUUUGAGUGACAUGUUGAGUGAGACGGACGAUGAGUUGAAGCGUUCCCGAUUGAUGGCGACGAUGCAAAUCGUAAAUCAUAACUAUAUCCGGUACGUGCCAUUGUUGCAGCAUAAGAAUGAUGAUGAUAGUUUUCUAUCGUUCUAUACUAACCCGUCAUUGGUUCCUGGAGCGGGUGAUUUACGCAAGCAAUACUUGGGUCCGGGUCUAGUGGUUGCGUAUGACCCCUCGUACGCCAUUUUGCGCGUGAAGGGACCGGGGAUCGUGGCGGGUAAGGUUUAUAACGUAAAGGUAACGGAUAAGAAACCGGAGUUCGAGAACGUGGAUCAGUAUACAGAGCCGAGUGAGGGUUUCAGCAGUGAACACCAUGGUCCAGACGCUAGUUCAGUGGCGAUCUGUGCGACUCCAGGAGUGUUAAAUGUUCGAGUGGAGCGGCACAAGUCUCCGAAUUUGAGUAAGCCUGUGCGUGUAUUGAAGGGUGAGAUAGGUUUUGAGAUCGACCCGGUGCUGAGUCAUGUGGUUUGGGAUGAGGCGAACCGUGUAAUGGUGUUGUUUAGUGAGCAGUUUUUGGUAUCUGAAGAUCCUGGGGACCAGUUUACGGUACACUGGUUUGUGCGACCGAAUGCUAAGACUCAGAGGCAGAUGUUUGAGGACAUUAAGGCAGAGCGAAAUGGUGAGUUGGUGGUUUGUCUAAAGGCGGAGGAUCCUGUACCGUAUAUGAACAAGAGUAUGUAUGUUCGUGUAAGGGCCCAGGAUAAAUCUAUUUGUCUGGAUUUGGAUCCGUGCGAUACUAACGCACAUGAAUUCCCGUUGUCAGUUGUAGCGCGGUUGCCACGUGGUCCUGGUAAUGAUGCAGUAAGUCGUGAGGUUAGUGUUAAGAGUGAAUUGGAUACAUGGUUUGGAUCACAGUCACUGUGGGAGCCGGCGGAGGAUCGUGUGCCGUGUACGAUUGUUAUGUGUGUUGAUCCGGUUGCUCAAGACUUUCGAGUGGAACCAGAUUUUUAUCUUGCUAAGAAACGUACUGAGGCCAGGAUAAUCCAGCUCAAGGCGCUCCGUACUCAAGCGCUACAGAAAGACUUGUUGUGGCUGGUCUGGCCACAGGUUGUGAGUCAGUCUGAGUAUGCAGAUUUCUGGCGUAACCGAGGUGUUAAUGUGUUCGAGCACGGAAAGAGGUUGGUAGAUCCUACAUUUGAACGUGCGCAUCCUCAGAUUGCAGCUCAUAAGCAUGCGGUGUAUGAGAGCUAUGAUUAUUUGGUGCGAAUGCUGUUAGAUAAAAUCGAUCGAUUGUGUGCAAAAUUGGAGCAGAAGAGAAAUUUGUGGCGGGAGUGGCAGGCUCUAUAUGAUUACAAGGCGUAUACAACGGAUAGUGACUCGGUAUCGAAGAACGAUGUGACGUUAUAUGACUUGUAUCAUACGUGGCAGGAGUCACGUCUGAAUAAUGAUCCUGAGGAGCCUUUGCAUUUUAAGGGGUUUUGUAAGAUGCGUGAGCAUUAUGGACGUUCAAUUCCUGGUUUUGUUUAUCCGAUGAUUGUGAAUCGUCAAUUCUUAAGUCGUACGGCGAAUUGGGAGGCUCAGUUUGACGAGUGGCAACGGCAGUUGGAGGCUUGGCUAGAGCAGGAGGAGACGGCGAAGAACGCGCCGGCGGCCCGCGGCGGAAGUCAGGAUGAUCUUGCGUUGGCCCGUGAGGACACAUUGAGUAUGCCGGGAUAUACGGCUUAUUACCACCCGAUUAUACGUCAGUUUUUGACCAGUCUCCGGCAGAAUGUAUUUAGAGCGGAGAAGCUCAAGACUGGACGGACGGUGACAGUACUCCACUACGUAACCAACUCGUUGGCAGUACGAGGACCGGACUACUUCUGGAAGCCGGAUCCUUUGGGAGCGAUGUUUGCUUGCGUCAGAGUGUGGAAGUCAUCUGAGGUGCCGACUAGUCCUGCGGACUGUCGUUGGUUAACAUGCAUGGUUAAGUUAACGGGUAAUUCAUUCAAGAUGAUGUUAUGUGACCCAAGUUUUAACCCUCCCAAUAGAAAGUAUGAUUGGAAUCGUGUGUAUGGUUGGCGGAUUCCUUUGGAUUGCUUUGAACGUAUUGAAUUGGGUGUAGACAAUACCGUGGCACCCGACAAUGUAUACACCCGUACCAUGACCGGACAGGUGGUGUUCCGUAAGAAUAUGGAUGGACGGGUGGACGAUUCGUAUGUUGAGAGUAUUGCUACAGGUGAGAUAAGUAAUUCGUGCAUGCCGAUUUAUGGCAAACAGUGUUGGUUGAUUAUGAAUGGGUAUGAUGUGCCCAAAGGCGAAGUACCUGUUGGCUGCGCGCUACGGGAAACACAUGCCGGUGACGGACCAAUGGCCAGUGUCUAUCCUCUCACUGUUCGUCUUUUCCCUCGAGAUCUAGAACGCUGGCAAAGUGUCGUACGUGCUUGCGGAAUGAACCGCAAACGCGCAGACGGACGCGACAAGGUAUACAUAGAUCCUCGCAAGGCAUCCGUACCGCCCGUAGAAAACGACAUCCCUUCCAGCCACCGACGUGAUCCACCACCCUUCCAACCACCCACUCCACUGCCGGAGAACAUAGAAGACGGGAGUCGUAGCGACACGCGAAGCAAUCUCGUUUCCGACUAUACCCAAACAAGCCCGCCGGAACAUACCAUUCAUGGAAACGAUACCCAGUCGCCGGUCCAGAAAACCGUCAACUAUUCCGGUGCUUUCCGUAACCGCUACGACGAUUGGCGCUACGCAGGACACGGACACGUGACGCAACGCGGAGACAUUGUGUACGAGGGAGGCUGGCGAGACGGGCAACGCUACGGCGAGGACUGUCGUUGUCUAUUCCGAGACCCAAGUGGUCGGGAGUGGUUGUAUGAAGGAGGCUUCUUCGCCGAUGAAUUUGCCGGACCGGGCCAGUUGAAGGCUAAUCCGGGGGCUGAGCCACUAGACACAAAACCAUUCACCCUUAAAAGCUUCCGCGGAAACUUCAAUUUACCGAAACAGAAGGCUUUGGGACGUGGUGAGUCGUUGCCACAGCACGAUGCUCCGGCGGUGAAUUUGGGACAUGUGCGAAAGUUGUUUGAAGCUGCGUCACCCCGUGUAUUACUGAUUGACGAUGCCGGUAGCACGGGUAGCACUGUGCUGGUGCUUGAUGAUGCGGAGGGUGUAAGUCUAGGCGGCGACGAAAACGCCUUGGGACAGGUACCAUUGGGCAAGUUAGCACGAGAUUUCAAUCGGCCAAGAGCGAACGUGAAUCAGCAGAGCAGUGAUGAGGUGUCCAGUCAGGAGUCGUUGAAUGAUGGUGCUCAGGGUAGUCGACGUUAUCUACCUUAUCAGUUGGGAUGGACACGGAAGAUCGAUCCGAAUUUGGGGUAUCAGGGACUCGAUGAACGUUUUGGCACUGGUUUGGCGGAGUACACUGAUGGCUGUAGCUUCGACAAGAAGGACUGCGCAGGACUGUUGCAUGGCAAACCGAAUGGCGGUGGCGUGUUUAAGUGCCCGAUAUGCCCCCUGACAUACACUGGGUUCAUGAAGCACGGUGCACCGGACGGUCGAGGUCAGCUUUCCUUCCGCUUUGCAGAGGGCCGACUUGGACCUUGGGCCCGGUCGGUGGUGGUGGAUUACAAGGGUGAAUGGAAGGACGGACGGCGGAAUGGUUGGGGUGUAUGCCGUGCUCUGAACGGCAUGGUGGUGGCGCGAGGCGAGUGGAAAGAUGACCUGCUUCACGGUGAUCAAUGUUCUGUUGAAAUUUCGGGUUCACUGUUGAACCAUCCCGACGUCCGUUUCCGGUCGUACUAUGGUGCUUGCCGUGACGGGCGACCAGAGGGUUAUGGCGAGUUAGUGUUCAAGAAGAUCAAGGCUGUCGACUGGACUGAGGACGUCAAGAAGUAUGUGACCUAUCGGGGCCAGUUCUCGAAGGGUGUACGAGAUGGGUCACUGGGCGUUAUGCUCAAUGAAAAGGGCGAGGAAAUUUAUCGCGGCGCUUGGGACCGUGAUAGCGCAGGCGGGCGAGUGAUCAAGUACCGAAUCCCGGCUGGAGCUGACUACACUGGUGCCGAAGUGUACACGGGCAACGUGGCAAGCGGAGAACUUAGUGGUUACGGCAAAAUGUAUAACGAACAUACCAACCAACUUAUCUACGAGGGUAUGUGGGCCAACAAUGUGCCGGAGGGUCAGGGCAUUCGGUCGUUGCCUAAUGGCGACAGGUAUGUGGGUGCGUUCCUUGGUGGUCGUCCGAACGGCCGUGGUACGCUUUACUUCCACGACGGUCGGUCAUACGAAAGCAACUGGCUGAAGGGGCGGCCGCACGGCGAAGGUCGGUACACGGAUGAAGACAAGCAUGUUCACGUUCUUAACUACGAAGGUGGCGAGCCCGUAGUGCCCAAAAAGGGCGCCUGCCGAGGCGCCCCUGCCGAAGUCAUGACGGUCGACUUCUCUGACAUGAACAUGGGCGGACACCACUAUGCCUACUGGCGGGGCGCUUGCAAGGUUAACCCCGACUGGCUGCUUGUGGUGUUGCAGCCCACAAUCGGUAUGUGGCAGUACCACGUCGACCACAAGGGAAGCCAACUCACCGACCUGCAAGACUAUGUCGAGCAGCAAGACGGGAAAGUUGCGGAGCAGCAACCUGCGGCGCCGCAGCAGCUCAACGCAGGCGCGCCCCCGGCCCAGCGACCGUUCAUGCAGAAGUUCUGCGAGACGGCAGUGGAGAUUGACGUGAAGUACGCAAAGGGGCUGCCCAACAACAAGUUGUUGGGCAGCGCUAAGGCAACGGUUUACGUGCUUUGGGGCCAGCGCAGCUUGAAGACGGUGAGUCGAAAGGUCCACGAUGGCGCGGCGGAAUGGAAUGACCUGAAGCUAUUUACGGAAGACACGGCCUUCCAGAAUAUCGGUUUUGCCAUGUUUGAUGAGGACUCCAAAGGCACACCUAUUGGCUUUGGUACCUUUGACAUAAUGGGCUUCCUGAUCGAGUCCAUGGACAAACCACACGCAGCAAGAGCCUAUGACAUCCCUCUUGUUGGCACCGAUGGGGCAGAUGCAGGAGUUCUCAGCAUUCGCAUUUCUGCCAAAGAACGAAACCCUGACGACCUUAAGACGCGCCAUGAAGACGCUCCUAUCUAUUACGACCAAUUCCCGGUCACCAUCGUUGAGGCACUGAAGGAACAAGCAAACGUUGAUCACCUCAUGGUGUCCACCUAA